AAGCGGCAACGCGGCCAACAGGACCGGCAUGGUUCCCUCGACGCUAUUCAUAGGUUGCCCGAACCGAAACGAUCCAACGAGUUGGCACGGCCUCUCCAUUUCUCUGUCUGGCUUGGCUUGAACUCGCUCGAGCCACGGUCUGAUUGCGACGGUGCCAUCGUCUGUGCUUCCAGAGUCGACGCCGCCCACCACCGCUAGGACUUGCAGCAACAACACGUCGCUCUCGCGCAGCCAGGAUCCCACCACAGCGUUUUAACAAGAGCGAGAGCACUGCACGAUGGCCAAAAAGGGAGGCAAUGUCGACGUCCUCAUCACCAAGCGCGACAUCACGAUCGACGAUGUGAUGAACAACCCGAUUGCUGUCGGGUACUUGCUCGACUUUUGCCAAAAGAACUUGUGCGCGGAAAACUUGAACUUUGUCAUGGCCGUGGACCGGUACAAGGACAAGUGCGAGCUCCUCGAUUUCAACGACGAAGAAGACGUCAAGACGUGCGGCGCGAUGGCGGCGACGAUCUGGAAAGACUUUUUGUCGCGGAACUCGCCGAACGAAGUGAGUCUGCCGUCCGAGGACCGACAGGUCACGAUCGAGCGGAUGGACAAGAUCACCAAGUACAAAGGCAAGCUCUUCGACGUGGCCAUCCAAGACGCGAUGAAGACGCUGCAAAAGGACAUCAUGAACCGGUUCAUCAAGUCGUCGCAGUUCUCGGAGCUCGUGUCGCGGCUAUCCGAGGCCACCGAGGCGUACGACCCGUUCGAGUUGGUCGCGCCGCCCAACGUGACGACGACAGCCGCGACGAUCGAAACGGUCGAGAUCACUCUCGACUCGAUCCUGGGCGACUCGGUGCUGUUUGACGAGCUCCACACGUACCUGAACAAGAAAUUCAACUCGGAGAACCUCAAGUGCGUGCGCGAAAUCUGCAUCUUCGAGGACCUGGCCAAAGAAAAGGACGUGUUCGUGACCAAGAAGAAAGCGUGGGCGAUCUACCGCAACUUUGUCAUGCCGGGAAGUCAGUUUGAAGUGUCGUGCAGCAACGCGACGCGCAAGAACGUGAUGCAGCGCCUCGGGUGCCCCGUCGAAAAAAUGUUUGACGAAGUCAAGGAGACCACCAUGAUGACGCUCAAGCAGGACCUCAAGGGGUUCCUCACCGCGCUCGAUCGAAAAGCCAUCAAGGACCAGCUCAAGAAGCUCGAGAAAGGUGCCAAGGUCGGGUUUGUCCAAAACCUGUCCAACAAGUUGUUCAGGAAGUAAGCAAUGCGACCGAGGCACACCCUCACGGCCAUUCCGUGUCGCCGUGUGUGGGGUACAUAUUUUUCAAUACGUUAACACGAUAACACAUCCACACGGCGCUGUCCACACGA